CGCGACACGAUGUCCGACGGAACCCUCACCGAGCGUGAGCGUCUCGUCUACUCGGCGAAGCUCGCGGAGCAGGCCGAGCGCUACGACGAGAUGGUCGAGUCCAUGAAGGCCCUGUGCAAGCUCGACGCCGUGGAGCUCUCGAUCGAGGAGCGCAACCUGCUGUCCGUCGGGUACAAGAACGUCAUCGGCGCGCGGCGUGCGUCGUGGCGCAUCCUGUCCUCAAACGAGGACAAGGAACGCGUGAAGAACCACGAGGCGAACAGCGCGCAGAUCAAGUCGUACCGCGGGAGAGUAGAGAAGGAGCUGAACGACAUCUGCGGAGAGAUUCUCAGCAUCCUGGACAAUAACCUCAUCACCCCGGCGGCGUCGGACGAGAGCAAGGUGUUCUACCACAAGAUGAAGGGCGAUUACUACCGUUACCUCGCGGAGUUUCUCGCCUCGGACGAGCGCGCCAGGGUCGCCGGGCUCGCCGCGGAGGCGUACGAGCAAGCGAGCGAGAUCGCGCGCGACGACGCCCCGGACAAGGGCUUGCCGCCGACGCACCCGAUUCGCCUGGGCCUCGCGCUCAACUACUCCGUGUUUCACUUCGAGAUUCAGAACAAGCCGCAGCAGGCGUGCGCGCUCGCGAAGCAGGCGUUCGACGACGCCAUCGCGGAGCUGGACACCCUGAGCGAGGAGAGCUACAAGGACAGCACGCUCAUCAUGCAGCUUCUGAGGGACAACUUGACGCUCUGGACGAGCGACAUCACGGACGGCGACGAAGGCGACGGGGAGGAGUGAGAUGGAGACGGAUACGGGAGAUGGAGGGCGAGAGGAGAGGCAUUUCAACACGAGAGGAGAGCGGAGAAAAUCGUGGAUGGAUAGGAUAGUCGGGUGCGGGACGCGACGAGGCAGGCGAGCGCUUGUUGUGCGUGCAUGUGUAUAGAGCGCAUGUGAAAAAAAAGAAAAUCAAAAUCGAAUC